AUGAUGGAUAGACGUCCGCGCGACGACCGUCCAUCAGAAACAAAGACACGACACGUGGAGGAGAGAAUCAGACCAAAGUGCGGUGCGUUUUGUCGUUUCGUAAUUUUGGCCGAAACGAGCUCCUCCAGUUCUUCCCCAUCUCCCAUUCCCCUCCCUCACGCUUUCCACACGGGGCGACAGAAUCUAGCAAUCCCUAGCCGCCGGAAUUCGACGGUCGUAGCCGGCGAGAGUCCACCGCCGACAGGAAGAGCCUCUCCGGUUGGAACGACCACCCACAUCGGGGGUGAGGGGAACCGCGCUGGCGUCGACCGACGGGAGAGACGCGGCGCGGCGGGCGCGGCGGGGAGAAGAGAGGAAGGGGGCGCGCGUGGGCGGCUGGCCGACGGGAACCAACGUGUCUCUGCCACAUCUACGAACUGCAGGUUCUUGACAAGGAGAAUCCAAAGGAGUCGGGCCACUAAAGAUAAGGUAUUCCUGGCAACUGCAAAUAAAAUUAUGGAGGGGAUUAAAUCAAAUGCCCAAAGCAGGACAACAGGAGAAACAAAGGUGCAAGACAAUAGAGAAGAUACAAUUCAAGAUUCAGCAACUUUUAUCUACCAUCCAGUUCUACAAGGCACGGGGGUGCAAGAACAGGGGACAAGAUCCAAGUCAUGUUCUGCAAACACUUUGUUACAGGGGGCAAUUUUUGCAACUAGAAGAUUAGGGGGGAGGGGGACAGAGUGGGAAAUCCACUAGUUCUAGAACUAAAAGAAGUUCAUGGCCAAAAUAGUUGGAACAACACUUUUACCUUUGCUGUUUUUCAUUGGGAGAAACUUGCCCAGCUCUGCCAAUAUUUUUGCCCACAAUUCACCAGAAAUUUUGCCUGAUCA